GUUUGGAAUUCACCCAGUCGCAGGCCGGAUGCCUGGUCAGCUGAAUGUGCUGCUGGCUGAGGCCGGGGUGCCAUACGAUAUUGUGCUGGAAAUGGACGAGAUCAACCAUGAUUUCCCAGAUACCGAUUUGGUCCUUGUGAUUGGAGCCAAUGACACUGUGAAUUCAGCCGCUCAAGAAGACCCCAACUCUAUUAUUGCAGGCAUGCCGGUCCUCGAGGUCUGGAAGUCCAAGCAGGUCAUCGUUAUGAAGAGGUCCUUGGGUGUUGGCUAUGCUGCAGUGGACAAUCCAAUCUUCUACAAACCUAACACGGCCAUGCUUCUAGGCGAUGCCAAGAAGACAUGUGACGCACUGCAGGCGAAAGUGAGAGAAUCCUACCAGAAGUAAACAUUAAAGACCAAGCUGUUGUCUGACAAAGCCACCUCUUCUGUUGUGCGAACAGACAAAUACCGUAUCACUAUAUACAGCUGAUACACAUCUGUAGCAAAGCUCUUGGAAGAAAAAGAAGACAAGAAAACGAAACGUGGGGAGAUUUCUCAGGAGCAGUGAUCCCUUGAUUUAAAAAAAAAAAAGAAAAAAAAGAUUCGCCAUGUCUUUCUGUGCAUAUUUUUUGUGUCAUGAAUUCCAGAAGUAUUUUAUAAAAGAAAGAACAGCCUUAUUUUAGUUGUAAUCCAUUUGGAUUUUUUUUUAAUUCUUCCUCAAUAGUCAGCAGUGUUUUAAGAAAUUAAAUCUUUAGGAUCUUAGUACUUACAUUAUAUACGUGGAUCUGAAAAAUCUGACGCUGUAAACAUUACCGCUACCUUCAUUUAUGUUAUUUACAACAAAUGCUACUUAUUUGAAACUUCUGUCAACUCCUGAGCUAUCCUCUUACCAUUUUACCAUAAUCUGAAUUAAUGUUAUCAAAUUGGCUUCAACUUUUCGAACUGUAUUUCCAAUUCUAGGUUUCAGGGAUGUAUUUUCUGACUUCUAUUUUAAUAUAUUAAAGGACUAGAUAAUCUUUCAGAGAUGCUGGAAACAAAUAAUUUGCUUUGUAUAUUUCAUCAGGACAUCAAUGAAACAUGUAAUUUGAAAUCAGUAUCGUAUUUUUAAAAGUCCAUUUUCCAAUCCAAGAUCUUUUUUUAAUUUCAAUCAAUUUAUAAUGUGUAUUACUGUAUUAAGUGCACUUGAAUGGAAUUCAAGUAUUUGACUAAUAAAAUGAGUUCAUCAUGUUUGCAUAGAGAUGUAGCAAUUGUCUCUGGUAACAAAGGGCUAAAGCGAAUAGUUCUGCCUGUUAGUAACAUCUGGGGAAAGCUUGCUACUAUGAAAUAGAUGAAGUUAAUCAGUCUCUUAACUGUUGGCAAGAAUUUUUUUUUUUUUUUCCAAAUCAGAGUAUGUUUUGAGGUCUUAUGUAAUUGAUGACAUCUGAGAAAAAUGGUGGCACUUUUUCUGUGCUACCUCUUUGUUUAUCUGAGCACCAGUAAAGAUCAUGUCUUUUUGCAGCAAAAGUAUAGAUUUUCUUUGUGACUUUGGUACUGUGCCAAAAUGUCUAGGUGAAUGUGUGAGGAAUACUUGGGAUAUCUGCCUCUCUACAUAAUUAAUUUGGUACUACGUUUCUCAAAAACAAUUAUAAAUACAUAAAAGCUAUUUCUAAACCAGAAAAA